UAAAACAUGGCUUCUUCUCGUCUUCAAAAGACUACCUCAGACGCUAAAUCAAGCAGUGCUAGUAAUACCAAGAAAACUGCUAAAAAGGGAGGUGGAAAUUACUACGGGAGCAUAUUCAGUAUUAUCAACAAAGUCCAGAAAGAGAUGGAACAAAACAAUAACGGGUCUGGAAGCAUUUCUCCAAAGAGUCCUAGAAGUCCACGUAGUCUGAAUAGAAAACACGAUCGCCAAAAGACUAUCUCAAAAGAACUGAAGCUCAUCCUCUUAGGAGACCAGAAAGAGAAGAAGACUCACAAAGAUAUACUUAAAUAAACCUCUUGGCGUGGAAGAGAAGAAGAAUGAUGACAAUCUUAGAGAUAUACUAUUAGAAAAUGUUAACGUUACUGAUUUCAAUUCAAUUUUCCAGAAGUCACUACGAAUAAAGGAGUCUCUCAAGCCUCAAUCCCUUCUGAAUUAUAAAUAAGUCCAGUAUAACCACUAAACUUUCAAAGGAUCUCUUGUUCAAUCUUGAAAAUUUAGAGUUCAAAAAGGAGAUGGAUCGUCUCAAUCAGGAGCGUAAAAGAGCUAUGAGACAAAGAAUGAAGAGACUUAAAUAUCUUUACAGAAAGAGAACAAAAGGUGUAAAUAUAAAUUUACACAACAUUGAUAAGUCUACGCCUGGUGACUCUACCCAGGGCCAAAUGAAGAGAAUUAAACAGUAUGAGCAUUACAUAUGUAAAAAGAUCGGCUUCAUCACACAGAGAAGAGAGCUUCUUACACAAACUGAUCAUCCUGAUCCGACUAAAAGAUAUGAAGGAUUAAAAACGGCUAUACAACAGAAAGAGGAAAAAGAGCUGAAAGAGUUAGUAGAAUACUUUGAAAAGGAAGAUGAUGAUUCCAGGAAUGCUCUCAGCUACAAAGUCAACAAAUUCAUAGGCAAUCGGAAUCAAAGCAUUGAUGAUGACUCUUUCACUAUCGAUGAAGUCACCGCAGAGAACAAGGAGGUUUCGGCUAACUUUAGUAUAUCAGGGAGUGAGUUAGAAAGUCCUCCUAAAGUUCAUCAGAAUCUUAAAGAACCGAAACCUAUUAUAAAAUCAAAAUCGCCAGGGAAGAAACAUAAGAUCAAAUUUCCUGUAGGAAUAGAAAGAAGAAAUUUCAAGACGCCGAUGAACAAUAAUCGGAGGCCUAAUGAUUUAUCUGCGAGCUUGAAUAAAUCUUACCACAAAUAAGCCUCUUAACAGUGUUAAUGAGAAGUACAGGAGGAUACCUACAUCAGUUGGGAAAAGAAAAAUUCCGGCAAACAAGUCUUUCGAAAAAGUUCGAAUGGCUGGGCUAAAAGGUGGUCCAAAGUGGAUGAAUAAAUCAUGAGAAAAAUAGACCUUUGCCAUUAAUAGCAAACCCAAGUAAUGGUGCAGAGGGCAUCCAUCUCAGCCCUCAUAAGAAAAAUGUAUCGAUUGCAAAGACUCUUAAUGACAUUAUUGAGGGAAAUAUAAACCCUAGAAAAGCAAAGUCAAAGCUAAUGUCUAAAUCUGGGAUGAAGAAUUGGUUUAGACAGACUGAUCCAUCUCAAUUUGCUAAGACCCAAACUUGGUAUGUCAAGCAGAUCGAUAGAUACCUUAAAGCUGACAACCCAGUACGCACACAAGAGCAAAAAGAGAGACUUGCUCAGGAAAAAUAAAGAAAUUAUGGCCAAGAUUGAAAAAGGAUACCAAGUAAGCGAGAACGAACUAAAGAAAGUUUCCAAAAACAGCAAGUCUCUUCUAGGAACAACAUCGAUGUAUAACUCUUAUCUAAUCAAAACUCUCUGCCAAUUCAGCGAUUCCUUCAUCCAAGAGAAAUACAACAGGUACAAAUCUAGCAAAAAGACACCUAUUAAAAAGUCUAACGUCUACACUCGCCUCCGUAGGGACACAAUCAAGCGAGAAAGUGACUACUUCACUAACCAAAAAGUUCUAUUCAUCCCUUCAUCCCGCACCAGCAGCGUAAUGCAUAGCUCUAAGACAAGUCUGCAUGACUCCAGCAGUAACUUCAUGAAGGUCUAAUAGUAGUAGUUUCUUCUAUAAUCUUUUGUU